CAACACCUUUUGAUGUUUCAAGAUACGAAACUAUUCAAGAUGACACAAAGGUUGGAAGCGGAAGGGGAAAAGAAUCCACAAACCCAAUAUAAUUGGGAUGAUGGAUCAGACCAUGAUGGUGUAACAAAGAUAUAUGUACGAGGUGAUCGUGAAGGCAUACAAUUCAUCAAGUUUGGCUAUGUUGGGACCGGACAACUGAUAGAUGAAUCAUUCCAUGGUUUCUCAAAUCAAGGUUUCACACAGAUGUUUGAGAUUGAUCAUUUCAAUGGUGAAUAUCUUGUAUCUGUUGAGGGCUACCACAACCGCCAUGUGAUUCAAGCACUUCAAUUCAAAACAAACUUGAAGGUCCAUGAAAUCAUGGGAUAUGAGAACUAUGAUUAUAACUUUAAACUAGCCUUGUCUGGCAAGAAAAUCAUUGGGUUUCAUGGAUCUGCUAAGUCAAACCUGAACUGUCUUGGAGCAUAUGUUACAAGCAUUACUCCAACUAAAAUGGAAGCAAAAGGAGGAAAGGGAGGCAAGGAGUGGAAUGAUGGAGCGGACUAUGAAGCUUUAACAAAGAUUCAUUUACGAACUACUUCAAAAGGCAUAAAGAGCAUCCAAUUCGAUUAUGUGGACAAGGCUGGACAUCCGAAAGUGCUAGUCCAUGGUUCUAGCACGGCUGGAGGCAACACGCUGGAGCCGGUAAAUAAAAUUAAACUUUAUUUAAAUUUGGUGACUAAAGAGUUAAUAGUCUGGUGAUAGUUUGUACUAGAGUGUUGUUAUCAGACUUAACAAGCCAUAAAAAAGUCAUGAAAAUGCCUAUAUAGACACGAAAAGAAUUCAUGGUUUUUUUCCAUGCAUGGCUAUAAUUUCGUGGUUUUUUCGUGGUUUUAUCUGUGGCUUUUUGUGGGUUUUCUAUAAGUAACUCUUGAUUAUAUUUUUUUUACUAAUUAUAUAUCAUGCAUUAUUGUAUCAUUGGGUUCAAUAUGUGAUUUUGUGUGUGUAAUGUAUAUCUACCAUGUUUUUUAAAAAAAAAAUUUGUAGUUUGAGAUAUAUAAAUCAUGUAUGUUAAUGUAAUGUAUAUCUACCAUGUUUUUUUUUUUUUUUUUUUGUAGU